AUGGGUGAACCUAAAUCGAAACAAUUUGAAAAUAUUUACUAUGGACUUUCAAAUUCUCCAGGAAUCCUCAAGCUUGCUCCAAGUGGUUUAGGUUGGAAAACUCCCGAUUCAGAAAGUAUAGUAACUAUUUCUGCUGAAGAAUUUAAAAAAGUUCAUUGGAUGCGUGUUGCAAGAGAUUAUCAAAUAAAAUUUGCUUUAAAGAAUGGGAAUGCUGCAAGAUUUGAUGGUUUUCCCAAGGAGAAUUUUGAAUCACUAAGAGAAAUUAUUCGGACAAAUUAUAAAUUAAAUUUAGAAACAAAAGAGAUAUGUGUUAAAGGGUGGAAUUGGG